AUGGAGGAGAAUUCAUCACAUGGAGGAGGUGCAUGUGAUCCCGAUGUACAGGAUCACAGGCACUCGUCGUUGUCUUCUUCUUCCGUGAUGAAAAUCUUCGGUUUUCCGGUCAUGACAAACAAUGGCGGCAAAGUAGAGAAUAACAAGAGAUUCGAGUGCCAGCAUUGCAAUAGAAAAUUCGCAAACUCGCAAGCACUAGGCGGGCAUCAAAAUGCGCACAAGAAGGAGCGGCAGAGGGCGAAGCGGGCCCACUUCGCCGGGGUAAUGAUGAUCAAUCCACACGGGGCUCGAUCACCUGCAUCUAGCUGCACCACUCCUUACAUGAGUCCUCCUAGAUUCUUCCCGCCACGUGUAGCUGAGAACAAUGCUGUAGGUGGUGGUGUACCUUGUGUUUUGUCAGGAGUACCCCUGAGGUACCGCAGUGGAUUUCGAGCGGCGGUGCAACCGCCGCGACUGGCGGCGAGGGGUGAGGUGGGGCCCACGAAGCCGACCGGGUACUCGACAGAUGUCGGUGAUGGAUUGGAUGUUGAUCUUCAUCUAUGA